CUCUGGGCUGGGCAGGCGGGCUGGUCGCUGCUGGGAAUCCAUGUGGCGGGGGCUCUGGACCCUGGUAGCCCGGGCGGCACGUGGGCCACGCAGACCGUGCGCGCGCCAGGGCAGCGGCGCCCGGGCUCCUGGGUCCGGGGCCACCAUUUUCGCGCUGAGCUCUGGCCAAGGCCGCUGUGGCAUCGCAGUGAUCCGGACCAGCGGUCCUGCCAGCGGGCACGCCCUCCGGAGCUUGACUGCACCCCGGGAGUUGCCCCGCGCCCGCAGCGCCAGCCUGCGCCUGCUCACCGACCCCCGCUCCGGGGAGCCGCUGGACCGCGCCUUAGUGCUCUGGUUCCCAGGUCCCCACAGUUUCACGGGUGAGGACUGUGCGGAGUUCCACGUGCAUGGAGGCCCGGCAGUGGUGAGUGGCGUCCUGCAGGCCCUGGGCAGGGUUCCAGGGCUGCGGCCUGCGGAGGCGGGUGAGUUCACCAGGCGGGCCUUUGCCCACGGGAAGCUGAGCUUGACUGAGGUGGAGGGGCUGGCGGAUCUGAUCCAUGCGGAAACGGAGGCGCAGCGGCGGCAGGCCCUGAGGCAGCUGGACGGGGAGCUGGGUCAGCUCUGCCGUGGCUGGGCAGAGACCCUCACUAAGGCUCUGGCCCAUGUGGAGGCCUAUAUCGACUUUGGGGAGGAUGACAACCUGGAGGAGGGCAUCCUGGAGCAAGCUGACAGCCAAGUGCGAGAGCUGGAGGUGGCACUGGACACACACCUUCGAGAUGCGAGGCGCGGGCAGAGGCUGCGCUCAGGGGCGCACGUAGUGGUCACGGGACCCCCCAACGCGGGCAAGAGCAGCCUAGUAAACCUACUCAGCCGGAAGCCAGUGUCCAUCGUGUCCCCAGAGCCGGGGACCACCCGUGACGUGCUGGAGACCCCCGUAGACCUGGCCGGGUUCCCAGCGCUCCUGAGCGACACGGCAGGGUUGCGGGAGGGUCAGGGGCCCGUGGAGCAGGAGGGUGUGCGGCGCGCCCGAGAGAGGCUGGAGCAGGCUGACCUCAUCCUGGCUGUGCUGGACGCCUCUGACCUGGCCUCUCCAUCCAGCUGCAACUUCCUGGACACGGUGGUCACCCCCGCGAUAGCUCGGAGCCCCAAUGGGAACAGCCAGCGUCUCUUGCUCGUGCUGAACAAGUCGGACCUGCUGCCCCCUGGGGGUCCAGACCUCAGCCCUGAGCUGCCCCCCCACCUGCUGCUGUCCUGCCUGACUGGGGCGGGGCUGGACGGCCUCCUGGAGGCACUGAGGAAGGAGCUGGCUGCAGUGUGUGGGGACCCAUCCACUGGCCCACCACUUCUGACGCGGGCAAGGCACCAACAUCACCUGCAGGCUUGCCUGGAUGCCCUGGGUCACUACAGGCGAGCUACAGAUGUGGCCCUGGCCGCCGAGGCACUGCGCGUCGCCCGGGGACACCUGGCCCGCCUCCACGGUGGAGGGGGCGCCGAGGAGAUCCUGGACAUCAUCUUCCGGGACUUCUGCGUGGGCAAAUGAGGGGACCGCUGCAGCUGGAGCCAGGCUGGAUGGACACCCAGGAGCCUGGAGACAUCUGGGAAUGGCUUAGGCCAGUGAUGGGCAACCUUCUGAGCUUGGUGUGUCAAACUUCACCAAAAAACUGAGCCUAACUCGGGUAGUGUGUCACUUUGAGGAAAAAACUAACUCCAAGACUCUAGUCGCAAAAGUUUCAUCCUCAGGAGCAGCAAAUGUUUCAUCCUCGGCAUGCGGCUGCCUCAGCGGCCGCGUGUCAUCAGAAAUGGCUACGUGUGUCAGUGCUGACACGCGUGUCAUAGGUUCGCCAUCACUGGCCUAGGCCAAGCGAGGUUUUCACUUCCUUGGGGAAGAACUUGACGGCAGAACAUGAGUGAGCUCCCUAUUGUGAUGGUGACCACGCUCUGCUGGCCAGAAUCCCCCACGGGGACUUGCUGGGGUUCAGGCCCUAGAGGGGGGCUGAGCAGCGGUCCCUUUGGGCACCUGACCCUGCGGGAGUAGCAGUGAGGGUUGGGAGGGAGUUAGGGAGUCUCAGGGGUCUUUUUUCAUAGUUUUAAUGUAUUUUGUAAAAAACCAAAGGAAAAAAAUCUCAGGUGAUCCGGAAAUGUGGAAAUCUCUCCCCCACCGCCGCUGGUGUCAUAGCAUAACUGUGUCCUUCUGGAACUUUCUUUGAGUGUUUGUAUACUUGUGAAUGCACCUGUAAAACAUGUUUUAUCUUGUAUAUUCUACAAACACUGCGUGUUUAUUGCU